CUCGCGGGCAGCGAAAUAUUUGAAAAUGUCUGAAACUGCAACUGCAAUGGCCGUAGCCGAUGCUCCCGUCACUUCGAAAACCACACCGAAGAAGACCGCGAAGAAGGUACCGGGCAAGCCCCGAGCUCAUCCCCCCGUCUCGGAGAUGGUCAACGCCGCGAUAGGCGCCCUCAAAGAUAAGAAGGGAUCAUCCCUCCAGGCCAUUAAAAAGUACAUCGCCGGCACGUACAAACUCGACGUUGAAAAACAGUCGACGUUCAUUAAGAAAUACCUGAAGCUGGCGGUGAGUAAAAAAACCAUCGUUCAGACCAAAGGUUCCGGUGCUGCCGGUUCCUUCAAACUCGCGACUAAAGCCGAAAAUGAGAAGAAAGUGGUCAAGACUAGCGGUGCAGAAAAGAAAUCUGCCGGUCAGAGGAUCGCUGCGAAAAAGCCUGUAGCUGCAAUGAAAAAGCCAGCAACGAAAAAGGCUGCAGUUGUUAAGAAACAAGCGACGAAGAAAGUCGUAUCGUCUUCAAAACAAAGUGUUUCGAAAUCCAAAUUGCCAUCCAAGGCGAAGAAAGCUGGGAAAACUCCAGCAACAAAGCCCAAGGCACCCAAAUACAAAUUCGUUAAACAAUAA